AACCAUAUAAGGUUACUUCCCUGUAGUUGAAAACUGUAUAGGGAUUUACACUAAUAAACAUUGUCAGUGUAUAAAAUAUAGGUCAUUUUGCUAGAUAAUUUUCGUAACAUGGGAGGGAUAUGCCUAUUUAGAAAUACUUAUCACCCUUACAGUCAGCUACUGCUCUUGUCCUCCUGUAGAAGUAUAUUCCUGCUGUGCAUGCUUCUAUGAUGGUUUAACAAGUUUUGUGGUAGUUAUACAACAUGAACGAUUUGAUAAUACUAAUCAUCUGCGCUUGGACAGGAUUAUCUGUGUCCAGUGUGUCCAGCGUGUCCAUUACGCCAUCAGGGGAUGCUAUCGCCGGACGCGCACUUACUCUAGAGUGUAGGGUAAACAGAACUCAGAGUAACAAUGACACGGUCUAUUGGAGGUAUGGUUCUAGGAAAGACUCUUACAUAUACAGAAGCAAUGAAUGUACAUCGUCCAUAUCAGUAUCACAUGGUGAUUCAUACAUCUUUCGAUAUCCUGGAGUUGGAAUAACAGGGGGAUGCCAACACGUCAACGGCGAAGAGGUCUACGCACUGACGAUCAAUCCUGUAACAGAACGCAUGACAAAGUCUUGGUUUUGGGAAAUGCGCAUGGACAAACUGACGUGUCAGUUUGGCUCAGAAAGGGACGUCAUUAAUCUAAACGUCAAAGUAAUGGUAGCACGGGUCAACAUGACAAAGCUCCCAGAUGGAAUGUUAGCCGGCCUCCCAAGCAACUUUACCUGUGUGACCUCGGCCAGUAAACCUACGGCCUGUGUGAGGUGGUACAUACGGAGUUCCGGAAACAUUCGAGAGCUAGACCCGCCUCAACGGAGUGACUGCAACCAGAACUCCCGCUGGCCAAAGAUCACACACCGGACACUGAACUUUACCCCUAGCGCCGAAGAAAACGGAGCUGAGCUGUACUGUAACGCCUCUAACGAUGUCACGGAUCCUCCUGUACGAUCACUAGUCUACACACUCAAUGUACAGUAUCCACCAAAUAUUACCUGUAACCAAAUCAAAAUGACUUCCUUUGAGGGCCAAAGGGUGCACAUAUCCUGUCAUGUCAUGGCCAACCCGGAAGCCAACAUCGUGUGGGUAAAGGAUAAACGACGGAGAGCUUCCAGAGCCGUCCGUGAUCCUUCGAGAGAUGACGUCACCAUAUCGACACUGGAGUUUGAAACAAUUACGAAGAUGUCUGCCGGAAUGUAUGUAAUUGAGGCCAGGAACAGCGCUGGGUCUUCCAACACGGAAGUGGAAAUUAGUGUGAUAGAAGGCCAAUAUAUACCGAAAAAGCUGAUGAUAACAUCGUGCACCAAUAACCAAGCUUCUCUUGUCUGGUCGUCUGGAAUUGACGACUCUCUGGUGGAAUACUACAAACUGGAAUACAAAGGAACAGGGGAGGAGUGGACCGCAGAACUCAUUAAAAACCCAGGCAGAAUGGAGCUUGUGGUGACCAGUGUGAAAAAUCUACAGUCCGGCGUGUUAUACCAGUUCAGACUUCAGCCAAACUCGGACAUUGCCUUAUCCGAAUAUGCCGAGGCUGACUGCAAAACCGAAAAACCGAACGACGCCUUACCUGAGGACGGCCUCGGUAAAGAAGGUAUGUUUGCUGUGGGGUUUGUGAGUGGUGGUGCCUUGGUCGGCGUCAUUGGUGUGGCCUUGGGCUGUUGGUUCCGCCGAAAAGAAGCAUUAGGCAUGCAGAACAAGGAGCAACAUGUGUCCAAAAGACAAGAUACGGAACACGCCAUGAGGGCCAUUGAAAAAACGACAGGUCCUGAAGAUACCACAUCAGGUGCCUACGAAGACAUGGACAUUACACGCAAUGCAGGAUCACAGUUCGAGACUGUUUCAAGAAAAAUGUCGCCAUCAAGUGCCUCUGGCAACAGGGAUUACGAGAACACUAGUGUGCUGUGA